AUGCCCCUUACCCCCGAAUGGUUCCCCGCCGCAUUGCCUGACCCAGUCCCUGAUUUCGUUCUUCAACCACCGACCUCGUUCAAGCCUUGUCGCGAGCCCUCUCCAUCGUCUGAGGCGCUCUUUUCUCCUAGCUUUAUUCAUACGGAUCAAUUUUACGAACGCGAAAAUCCCUUCAUCUCACAGGAGCGUCAUUCUCCCAUUGUUCGCGGAAAACUGACGCCAGAGCUCCCUGCCGAGAUGCCUCUGAGUCAUCGGAUGGUCCAUCAUUACUCAGUCUCGAAAAAGGCAAUGGAAACAAAGCUUCUUCAGCAGCCAAUCUCGACGACCCCCUUGUGUGAGAUUCUCAAGGAAGGACAGCUUUGCCAUCUGAGACGCUACGAGCGCGACGGUGUCUAUGUCCGUAACACUGUCAAACUAGACAAAGCGUUCAAGCAUCUGGGUGGCCUGCGUGACAACCUUCAACAUUUGGUCAUAGGCACCAAGGCGAUUCCGAACAUGGUCACCGUCGACCUCGUACUGGACGACGCUGUCAUCUCUUUGUUCCAGAGCCUUCCCGGUCUACUGGAGGCGCGCCUUCAUGGCUUCACGAAGCUCACCAAGCGGUCGUUUGACGCAGCACUCAUUCACUGCCCCAAGCUGCGUGUGAUCGCCAUCACGGGUACGCGCCUUCCACCCGGGCCCGAGCCACGCAAGCUCGUCUAUCACCAUGGACAUCCUGCGUAUGCGGGCGGCAUGGGCUCGCUCGGCGCAGAUACCCUUCGUUCCCUCAUUCCGAACGAUGGACCGGUGCGCGAUAUCACGUUCAUGGGGCGCCACCUUCAGUUCAUCGACUUUUCUUUCCAAAAUGUAGACGCUAGUCUCUCAACGCAAGUCACAGUCCUUCCAGGUCGCUUUGGGCAGCUCGUCAUUAUGCGCGAGCUCCAGACGACCACGGAGAGGUAUUUCCGCGGCACUCUCGAAAUCUCUCCCGCUGUAGACGACUCCAAGCUUCAAGGUAAUAAUCGUCCAAUCAACCCUGUAGCCAGCACCGUUGGCUGGCCUGUAGCCUAA